AUGUGCUUCUCUCGGAAUUGGACCCUAACUGCGCAUCAAAGGAAUCAUACAGGAGAGAAGCCUUACAAAUGCUUGGAGUGUGGAAAGUGCUUCUCUCAGAGGAGAAACCUAAGUGCACAUCAAAAAAGGCACACGGGAGACAAGCCAUAUAAAUGCUUGGAGUGUGGAAAGUGCUUCUUUUACAAAAGCAGACUAAAGAAACAUCAGAAGAUUCAUAGAGAGGUAAAACUGCAUAAAUGCUUGGAGUGUGGAAAGUGCUUCUCUCGGAAUAAAUACCUAACUAGCCAUCAAAAGGUUCACACAGGGGAGAAGCCAUAUAAAUGCUUGGAGUGUGGAAAGUGCUUUUUUGAGAAGCACUCCUUAACUAAACAUCAACAGGUUCACACAGGGGAGAAGCCAUAUAAAUGCUUGGAGUGUGGAAUGUGCUUCACUCGGAAUUGGAGCCUAACUGUGCACCAAAAGAAUCAUACAGGGGAGAAGCCAUAUAAAUGCUUGGAGUGUGGAAAGUGCUUCUCUAUAAUGGGCAGCCUGAAUCGGCAUCAAAAGAUUCACACAGGGGAGAAGCCAUAUAAAUGCUUGGAGUGUGGAAAGUGCUUUUUUCAGAAUCACCACCUAACUGAACAUCAAAAGAGUCAUACAGGGGAGAAGCCAUAUAAAUGCUUGGAGUGUGGAAAGUGCUUCUCCGCAAUGGGCAGCCUGAAUCAGCAUCAAAGGAUUCACACAGGGGAGAAGCCAUAUAAAUGCUCGGAGUGUGGAAAAUGCUUCUCUCGGAGAGGAAGCCUAACAGAACAUCACAAGAUUCACACAGGAGAGAAGCCAUAUAAAUGCUUGGAGUGUGGAAAGUGCUUCUGUUCCAAAAACAGUCUAAACGGACAUCAGAAGAUUCAUACAGAGGUAAAAUUGUAUAAAUGCUUACAGUGUGGAAACUCCUUCCGUUACAGUGCAAACCUAACUGCACAUCAAAAUAUACACACAGGAGUGAAGCCUCAUAAAUGCUUGGAGUGUGGAAAGAUCUUCUGUUAUAGUCGCGACCUCACUAAACAUCAACGGAUUCAUACAGGAGAGAAGCCAUAUAAAUGCUUGGAGUGUGGAAAGUGCUUCUCUUUUAAUGGUGACCUAACUAAACAUAAAAAGAUUCACACAGGGGAGAAGCCAUAUAAAUGUUUGGAGUGCGGAAAAUGUUUCUCUUGGAGUGGAAGCCUAAGUUCACAUCAAAGGAGGCAUACAGGAGAGAAGCCACAUAAAUGUUUGGAGUGUGGAAAGUGCUUCUCUAAUAGUGGUCACUUAAGGAGACAUCAAAAGGUUCACACAGGGGAGAAGCCGUAUAAAUGCUUGGAGUGUGGAAAGUGCUUUUUUGAGAAGCGCCGCCUAACUGAACACCAACAGGUUCACACAGGGGAGAAGCCAUAUAAAUGCUUGGAGUGUGGAAAGUGCUUCUAUUGCAGUAGCAGCCUAACUGCACAUCGGAAAAUUCAUACAAGGGAGAAACUAUAUAAAUGCUUGGAGUGUGGCAAAUGCUUCUUUCUGAAGUACCGUCUAAUAUCACAUCAGAAGAUUCACACAGGGGAGAAGCCGUACAGAUGCUUGGUGUGUGGAAAGUGCUUCUCUUGGCGUGCUGGUAAUGGGACCAGACCGGUUCUGCUGCGCAGGGACAGCCUGAGGUCUGUUUGGGAUGCCGAGUUGGAGCCGGAGGUGAAAGCCGAGGAGGAUAGUGCUGCAGAGUUCCAGUUAUCUUUGUCGGAGAGUGACGAGGGGGAGGACGACAGCCAGCUGUCCUUUGAGGCCGGAGAUAUGGCUCAACAACUUGCCGUGCUGGUGGAUAAACUCACAGCCACAAAUUAUGCUGUGUGGAGUCUUCCUGAAGCGAGAGGGGCUGUGGGCAUAUCUCUGGAAACCGUGGAUACAGCUGUGCUGACAAUGGAAUACGUCUGCGCGCACUUGUAUGACUUCCAGGCGAGAACGGAGGCUGUUUCAUGUCCAGGCACGUCUGCCAAGGAGCGUCUGUCCGGGGGAGUGACUGCUCGAGCGGCGGCUGCUAAGCAACCGAAAGCAGAGGCUGAGCCAAGGGCUCUAUCGGUGAGGAGGUGCUAUCGCUGUGGUUCAACGUCCCAUCUGCAACGCUUCUGCACGGAGACAAGUCGGCAGAGAAAGCAGGGGAGAAGAGACGGCCAGCACAGGAAGAGUUACGAAGAGCAGGCUCAAUUGGUGUCCUCUGCAGCCUGUGCAGAAUCUCCAUGGUUACUCGACUCUGGAGCCACUAGCCACGUCUGUAAUUCGAGAGUCUUGCUGCUAAACUUCCAAGCCUCUAAUCUUUCGCACGUAAGACUUGCUGACAGUUCUAUGGCUGCAGUUCAAUGCGAGGGCACUGUUGACUUUCCAGCUCUCGGGUGUCAGCUAAAGAAUGUGCUUUGUGUCCCGUCAGUGAAAUCUAAUCUGUUAAGCGUUAGUUCACUGGACGAUCAGGGGUUUGAUGUGCUGUUUACAUGCAGAAAAUGCAAGGUGUUAAAAGGAAACAAGAGAUCCCCAGUGUCCCUUGAAGAGGUAGUCGUGUCCUUCACAGAGGAGGAAUGGGCUCUGCUGGAUCAAAGUCAAAGAAAAGUGUUCUGGGAAGUGAUGGAGGAAAAUUACGAGACCAUGGCCUCUCUGUGGGACUACUUUUCCCAGAAGGACUUGCAAGCACCAGAGAGGUCCACCCUGUGCUUUCUAGGUGUUGAGAGAAUGUUUUUACCUCAAAGUGAAGAAAGAACUGUAUGGGAUACGAAGUUCCACCUAGCCUCUGUUCUAUCUUGUUUCCCCUGGCUGGAGGGAGAAUUUGGCUUUUGUACAUCUGCAGGAAAGAGAUACCCCAUGUCCUUUGAGGAGGUAGCCAUUUCCUUCACAGCAGAGGAAUGGGCUCUCCUGGAUGCAGGCCAAAGAAAACUCUACUGGGAUGUUACAGAGGAAAAUUACGAGAAUGUGUCCUCUCUAGUUGGAGCUGUGAGGGAAAGGGUGAGUGAGAAGGAGUCAGAAAGGAGACUUGUGGGAAAAGACAACCGUCUCCAGGUGGAAGCAGAGUCCGUGGAUCAAGUGAUAUCAACAGGACAGUUCAGAAGGAAAAGGGAAGCAAAAGAGAAGCAAAGGAAGGAACUGGUUGCUUGUCAGGGCAGAGAUAAACCUGAGCUCUCAGCCCAAGAUGAACCAGAGAGGAGAAGGGGAAGGCCUAUUAGUGUCAUAAGUCAGAAAAAGUUCGGUAGCAAAUCUGGUGCUAAAACACUUGAGAAUGUUACAAAUGGCUGGAAAAAGUAUAAAUGCUUGGAAUAUGGGAAGAGCUUUCAUUGGAGUAGUGCACUAACUACUCAUCAAAAGGUUCAUAUAGGCAAAAAGCUAUAUAGAUGCUUGGAGUGUGGAAAGUGCUUUUCUCGGAAUGACUACCUAACUAGCCAUCAAAAGGUUCACAUAGGGGAGAAGCCAUAUAAAUGCUUGGAGUGCGGAAUGUGCUUCACUCGGAAUUGGAACCUAACUGCACAUCAAAGGAAUCAUACAGGAGAGAAGCCAUACAAAUGCUUGGAGUGUGGAAAGUGCUUCUCUCAGAGGGGAAACCUAAGUACACAUCAAAAAAGGCACACAGGAGACAAGCCAUAUAAAUGCUUGGAGUGUGGAAAGUGCUUCUUUUACAAAACCAGCCUAAAGAAACAUCAGAAUAUUCAUAGAGAGGUAAAACUGUAUAAAUGUUUAGAGUGUGGAAAGUGCUUCUCUCGGAAUGAAUACCUAACUAGCCAUCAAAAGGAUCACACGGGGGAGAAGCCAUAUAAAUGCUUGGAGUGUGGAAUGUGCUUCUCUCGGAAUAAAUACCUAACUAGCCAUCAAAAGGUUCACACAGGGGAGAAGCCAUAUAAAUGCUUGGAGUGUGGAAUGUGCUUUGCUCGGAAUUGGAGCCUAACUGUGCACCAAAAGAAUCAUACAGGGGAGAAGCCAUAUAAAUGCUUGGAGUGUGGAAAGUGCUUCUCUAUAAUUGGCAACCUGAAUCAGCAUCAAAGGAUUCACACAGGGGAGAAGCCAUAUAAAUGCUUAGAAUGUGGAAAAUGCUUUUAUGAGAAUGGACGCCUAACUGCACAUCAAAAGUGUCAUACAAGGGAAAAGCCAUAUAAAUGCUUGGAGUGUGGAAAAUGCUUCUCUUGGAGAGGAAACCUAACAGAACAUCAAAAGAUUCACACAGGGGAGAAGCCAUAUAAAUGCUUGGAGUGUGGAAAGUGCUUCAGUUACAAAACCAGUCUAAAGGAACAUCAGAAUAUACAUACAGAGGUAAAAUUGUAUAAAUGCUUGGAAUGCAGAAAGUCCUUCUGUCACAGAGCAAACCUAACUGCACAUCAAAAGAUACACACAGGAGUGAAGCCACAUAAAUGCUUGGAGUGUGGAAAGUGUUUCUCUGCAAGUAACCACCUAAGUAGUCAUCAAAAGGUUCAUACAGGAGAGAAGCCAUAUAAAUGCUUGGUGUGUGGAAAGUGCUUUUCUAGUAAAGCUGCCCUAACUGGACAUCAAAAGAUUCACACAGGAGAGAAGCCAUAUAAAUGUUUGGAGUGCGGAAAAUGUUUCUCUUGGAGGGGAAACUUAAGUUCACAUCAAAAGAGGCAUACAGGAGAGAAGCCACAUAAAUGUUUGGAGUGUGGAAAGUGCUUCUCUCAGAGUGGUCACUUAAGGAGACAUCAAAAGAUUCACACAGGGGAGAAGCCAUAUAAAUGCUUGGAGUGUGGAAAGUGCUUUUUUGAGAAGCACCGCCUAACUCAACAUCAACAGGUUCACACAGAGAAGAAGCCAUAUAAAUGCUUGGAGUGUGGAAAAUGCUUCUAUUGCAGUAGCAGCCUAACUGCACAUCGGAAGAUUCAUACAAGGGAUAAGCUGUAUAAAUGCUUGGAGUGUGGCAAGUGCUUCUCUUUGAAGUGCAGUCUAAAGUCACAUCAAAAGAUUCACACAGGGGAGAAGCCAUACAAAUGCUUGGUGUGUGGAAAGUGCUUCUCUUGGAGUAGUGUUCUGACUAGACAUCAGAAAGUUCACACAGGGUAG